AUGGCGAGAGCGACAUCUAGGGGGCUUGUGGCAGAUCCCACGCAUUCCGAUGCACUCCAAACGGUAGCAAGCUCCCCUGCUGUCAAAAGUGUUUCUAAUACGCUCUCCACGGGAAUAGCAGCAACGACACCAGUGUGCAAUAAGACCAGCACUAUCCUGACGACCGUUCAAUCGAUCCAGUCGGCAAUUCCAGCUCCAAUAUCAAGUUCCGUCGCGCCGGUGUGUGCAAACCAUCCAUCAGUGACACAACCCGUCAUUCAAUCGGCUGUGGGUGGUCCACCGAAUUUGAGCAGUUUGGGUGGGUUGUUAAAUCGAACGUCUCAACAAUAUCCGUUUUGGUUUCCGCAUGGAAGCGCAAUAGUUGGAGGAAAUCCAUCAAUAGGAGUAAGCAACUCGCAAGGUUGUGCGAUACCAGCGCAGAUAGUAAAUCAGGGCAACAGUAAUUAUCCGUCAGUUGGAGUAAGCAUAUCGCAAGGUACCACGAUACCCGUACCGGUAGGCAAUCAGGGUGGUACUAGUAAUUCGUUUCCUGUAUAUUUUCCUCCUUUCCCGAAAUAUAUUAAUCAAUACGAUCGACAUUGUCCCUUACCUCCUGAGCUACCAUGGGAACACCCACCGCGAAUGGGCAUGUAUAAUCCUCCCGCCGUCCUACCACCGACAGAAAACGAAAUAGGACCCACAUCGCGGCAGCUAGCUGCACGCCAGGUGAUGUCGAAGGAGCUCCCUCCGUUCUCAGGGAACCCGGAAGAAUGGCCUUUAUUUAUUAGUUCAUUCACCAAUUCCACUAAUGCUUGUGGGUUUACAAACGCGGAAAAUUUGAUGCGAUUGCAACGUUGUCUACGAGGAGGCGCUUUGGAAGCUGUUCGAAGUAGGCUUUUGAUUCCGGAUUCAGUUCCACAAGUCUUAGCCACGCUACAGACUUUAUAUGGGAGACCGGAAAUCUUGGUGUACGCUCUACUGAAGAAGGUUCGAGAAGUUCCAGCACCGAAGUCAGACAAACUUGAGACGCUCAUCGGAUUCGGAAUGGCAGUUCAGAACCUCUGUGACCACCUUCACGCUAGUAACCAGGAGGCACAUUUGAACAAUCCAACGUUGCUUUAUGAGUUAGUGGAAAAACUUCCUGCGAACCUCAAGCUGGACUGGGCGAUGGUCAAACGUCAACAACCAGGAGCCGAUCUUCGAACGUUUGCUGCGUACAUGUCCAUGAUUGUGUCUGCGGCCACAGAGGUUACUCUGACCAUUGACGCAAAACCAAAUCAUCAAAAGAACGACAAGUCAAAGGAAAAGAAUUUCUGCAAUCCACAUUCAGCGCCUACUGUCAGCCACCCUAAGCCCGAGGAAAAUUGUUCAACGGGGAGGCAGUGCCUGGUGUGCCAAGACCCCUUGCACAAAGUGAAGGAUUGUGCUACGUUCAAAAAGUGGGACGUCGAUAACCGAUGGAAAUUGGUUCAAAAACUAUCGCUUUGUCGUAUUUGUUUAUUUUCGCAUGGAAGGCGUCCAUGCAAGUCGAAAGGGCGGUGUGGAAUAGAUGGUUGUGAUUAUAGACAUCACCCGAUGCUGCAUUCUAUCUCAAAGAGAAGCGAUGCAUCUACGUCAAACAACAAUGCAGUGCAAAAUCAUCACCACACCGGGAGAGGUUCCCUUUUUCGCAUUGUUCCUGUGACACUCCACGGAAAGACACGAUCGAUCACGACAUUCGCCUUCCUAGACGACGGUUCGUCGAUAACGUUGGUUGAGGAUUCUAUUACGAAUUUCCUUGAUGUUGAUGGUAAAGCCGAUAAUCUAUGUCUGGCCUGGACGGGUAAUGUUACUCGUUCCGAAGAGCAAUCUAAGCGGGUGAAGUUGGACAUAUCAGGUGUUACACACCGAAAGAAGUACAUCAUUUCUGAAGCUCGAACGGUGAAAAGCUUGGGAUUACCAAGGCAGACCCUAUGCUAUAAGGAUCUUGUUGAACGUUAUCCGUAUUUGGCUGGACUACCCAUUCCGGAUUACGUUCCCGUUCCCAAGAUUCUAAUCGGUAAUGACAAUGCUCAUUUAAGUGUCACCUUGAAAAGGCGUGAAAGGCUACUAGAUGAGCCUAUCGGCACCAAAACUAGACUAGGGUGGUCAAUUCAUGGUCCGAUAGCAACGAUGAGGAAUGAACCAUGCUUCAGCAUGCACAUGUGCCAGUGCGUACAUGAGGAUGAGGACUUGCACAAUAUAGUCAAGGAGUACUUUUCCCUUGAGAAUAUGGGAGUGUCCCUACAACGAAACCUAGAGUCCGAAGAAAAUCAACGAGCUAGGCGGACUCUGCAAAUUACCACAUUGCGCGUAGGCUUCCGAUUCCAAAUCGGGUUGUUGUGGAAGUACGAUACCUUCGAAUUUCCUGAUAGCUACUUCAUGGCUGUGCGAAGGCUGGAAUGUCUGGAGCGACGUAUGUUGGCGGAUCCUGAACUCGGUUCCAAUGUUCGUAGGCAGAUAGAGGAGUACAAAAUAAAAGGGUAUAUUGAGAAAGCAUCCAAGGCUGAUUUGAUCGCGGUGGAUCCACGAAAAGUUUGGUAUUUACCACUGGGCGUGGUUAUUAAUCCUAAAAAGCCAGGUAAAAUCCGCAUCUUCUGUGACGCAGCAGCGAAAGUGGAUGGGGUGAGCUUAAACACAAUGCUGAGUAAGGGGCCGGAUCUGCUUGUACCGUUGAAGUCAGUUCUAACCGGAUUCCGAGAACGACAAAUAGCUCUAUGUGCGGAUGUGAAAGAAAUGUUUCACCAGAUGCUUAUGCGAAAGGAAGAUAAACACGCCCAGCGAAUUUUAUGGAGAGAUGACCCAAACCAUGAGCCACAAGUGUACUUCAUGAGUGUGGCCACUUUCGGAGCUGCCAGUUCGCCGUGUUCGGCACAAUUUGUUAAGAACCUAAACGCAAGCGAAUAUGCAGAUCGAUAUCCAGAAGCUACAGACGCAAUAAUACGUAAACAUUAUGUUGACGACUAUCUGGACAGCGUGGACAGUGAAGAUGAAGCGAUCAAGAGAGCGAAAGAGGUUGCUUUUGUUCAUUCCCGAGGCGGAUUUAUUAUUCGUGGGUGGAUGUCCAACUCGAAGGAAGUUCUGCAAAAGCUGGGUGAAACAACGAGCGCCGACGUUAAGGAGUUCUCGAUGGAGACUGGCCACUGUUCGGAACGUGUGUUGGGAGUGUUGUGGUUACCGGAAGAAGAUGCGUUCACGUACGCGGCUAAUUUUGUGGCGGUACCUGAAUGGCCUACCAAGAGAGAGCUGCUGAAGACGGUGAUGACUUUAUAUGAUCCUCUGGGAUUUCUUUCACACUUUACCAUUCAUGGGAAAAUCCUAAUCCAGGACGUUUGGCGCAGCAAGCAGCGGUGCGAGUGCCGCGAUGCUAUUUUCCAAGACAGCUGUCAUCGAAAGUCAAGAAUAUACAAUUACACAUGUUUGUAG